AUGGGGACUGAGGUGCAGCGGUUCCCAGAGGAAUCUCCCUACGGAAAGUAUCUCGUCAAAGACCUAGGAAUCUUUUACGCCAUCUCGAUGACUGCUGGCUUGGCCAGAGUUGGAAUAAGAUGCUUUAUCAAUCGAAAGAUUCAACUCGAGGAAGUGCUAAUGAUAGGCUGCAUGCUCUUCUACACUGCUUACAUGCUAUGUGUGGCUGUUUACCUCGAGAAAGGGACCAACCUGAUGAACACUGCCGAAGACUUUAUCAUGUUGAUCAACCAUGAUGAAAGGCUUCGUGUCAUAGGCAGCAAGGCAAGUUUGGCCUCAUGGUAUCUAUAUUGCAUCUGCAUCUGGGGAUGUAAGUGUACUUGGUGGUGUGUACUGAGGCAAUUCGCUGUCACAAAUGGUAAAAGAAGUCUGACCGUCAUCCUUGCUGGAUGGUUUCUUCUUGCUACCUUUCUCGCCGCCAUGAUCACAAUAUCUGCUAUUUGCACUCCGUUUACAGACUAUUGGAAGAUAAAUCCACUGCCUGCUGUUCGCGAAUGCCAUGAUACGUACCGCACGAUGUUGAUCGUUGGCUCUUUGAAUAUCGCAUCAGAUAUCCCGCUGCUUGUGACCCCGAUUCCAUUCGUCAUGAAGCUGAGGGCCCCAAUUCGCAGGAAAGUGGGAUUGUACUUUCUCUUCGGGCUCGGACUCCUUGUGAUAGGUGCUGCCUUUGGCCGCAUGGCAGAAGUCACGUCGUUGAGAUGCCUUGGAUCAAGCACAUUUUGGGCUCUUGUUGAAACGACCUGUGCUUUCGUUAUUGCCAACACCCCUGGAAUUGCAUCACUAUUCAAACAUAGACAACGGCAAAAGCAGCUUAGACAGGAUGCUGAGCGGAGGAAACUUUUUCAAGCCGCCCACACUGCCGACCCUUUUCAAAUGGGUCGACCCCCCCCAAAUACCCUCGAGUCUCCCUACCGUCGUCACCAUAGGCUGUCCGAUCACAGUCUUCUGUAUAGCGAUAGCGCUAGCGAAGAAGAGACCGCACCAACUACUGAGGCCAAUAAGAUUAAAGAUUUGACAAGUGUUACCAUUAUCAGUGCUGGAGUCGAAACUGGAGAAAGUUCUGAAGACACCGAUGAUUCGUCCACUGGUACUGCUGACGGAACAUCUCAGCAUAGUAGCGGAAGCUCAGCAGUUAACACUGCCAUCGAUUACGGAAGUAUCUAUUACCCCGAUUCUCUUGAGACCGGUCAGGAAAGCGAAGGACACUCCCUGCAGGACGAUAUGUCCGCAGAGUCUGAUUUGGGACAACUCCUCAGAAAUUCUGCCGAUCUGGAACAAGGCCAUGUUCAUGCUAUCUAA